CAUUUUACAAAUGAGGCCUGAGGGAGAAGAAGGAGACAUUCAUACACAUAUACAUCAAAGGACAAUCAACAACAAUUAACAGUAAAAUUCAUAAAACUAUUUUAAAAAAUUAAUUCAACAUUUAAGUUUGAUAAAUGGUGUAGUCCACUUUUUGGCAUACCCCUUCUGGAAUCAGCUACUAAUCCAUUCUACAUCCUGACAGAGCAUUUUAUUUUUUAUCCGGGUUGGGGACAGGCACAGGGAGACCCCGACUUGGGUAAAAAUGAAACCAAUAUCUAAAUUUGACUUUUGUCCAAAAAAAAAAAAAAUCUAACAAAUAUCACUUUUAGGGUUCUAGAGUUAUUGAUCAGCUACAUAAAGUAUUUCAUUCAUGAUAAAAAUAAAACUGCUGUCCCUGUUAUACAUAAAGGAAGUGACCUAAAACCAUAAAUGUUUUUUAACUUUAUAGUUAAAACACCCAAAAAGAAGCAAUAUUUUGGAACUACAAGCACAAUUUUCGUGAACAAUUAUAUUUACCUCACUUUUUUACAAUAAAUUUAUCACAAAUGAACUUUUUUUUGCAUGUUUGCAUUAAUAGAUCACCUAAAAUAAAAAAGGAAUACAUCUGAUUGCAAUAUAUUCCAAUUUACAUGCUUUACAGUAAACAAACAACUGUAAGCAACUUCUUUGAAGAAAUCCAAAAAAACAUUUUUGCAAGAUUAAAAAAAAAACUUUCCAUAGUGUCUUGUAUUUUCCUCCACUCAUUAAAAAUUAAAAAAUUCUUUAUUUGCAGCGAUUAUUGUCUUAUUAUUCCCAACAAAUCAGAUGCUGGGAAAUACAUCAGUUAGAACAACCCUCUUCACCGCCCACGAACUCUCCUUGUUGCUAAGCAACCUCAUCAGAAGAUUGAAGCUGACUUGUAGUUUGUUUCAUCCGAGAAGGAAAAGUUUCAGCUCUGACUUCAAGGCAGGAAGCCAAAUGUCUAUCAGCACAGGGAAACCAUGUCUGGUGUUGAACCUCUCAGCUCUCCAAACAAGAAGGAGCGAAACAGUCAACACGAUCUUGGAGCUGUCUGCUCCGAUGCUCCCUCGCCAGUCGUCACCAGGAUUAUCCACCGUAUCUCCGAGAUGAAGAAGCUAAUGGAAAGCUGGUGUCAACAGUCUGGAGAAGAUGAGACAAACCAGAACAAGGUGCUCCACGGUAAGACUCUAGAGCAGAAGGUGAAUGGCGUGCUGGCAGAGGCGCUGCACCUGACUGAGCGUUUGGAGGCGGAUCGUCAGAACGCAGAAAAGGCCCUCCUCCAAGAAAAAGAAAAGAGUCGAUUUUUGAAGAAUAAAUUUGCCUCGAUUUCAACCUGGAGGCAAAAGGAGCAUUCCUCGGAUAUCCAGAAAGAGAACGACACAUACAGGAAAGACAUCAAGCAAUUAAAGAGUCAGCUUAGACUUGAACGAAAGAAGCUCAACCAAACCCAAGAAAAGCUGUCCCGCGCCACGGUUCUGAACCAGCACCUACAGGAGGACUUGAGCUUCGUCCAAAAACAAAUUCUGAUCGUGACAGAAGAUCUGGAGCACCAGAAUGACCUCAUAGAUCAGUUAAAGACGACACAAGCUCAGGCGGACGACGUUUGCUCAGAAACACGACACGAUCUUCUCCAAGCUCAGGAGAAGUUAAAAGUGGCACGAGUUGACGCCGACAAAGAGAAGCUGUUAAUGGAGUGUGAGCUGCUGCCGAUGCGGAAACGAACCGAGGAAAGAUUGGAAGAAUUAAAGCAGUUAAAGACGGCUGAGAAAAACCUGAUAUCUGAGAUUAAGGACACUGAAGGGAACGUGGAUCUUAUUGAAAAAACUUGUGCGCUCUUAAGUCGGCGAAUUCCUCAAAUAGAAGAGUGUGAGAAAUGUGAAAAAGACAAGGUUUCACAACUAAAACUUCAAAUAGAAGAUAAAAUACUGAAGAACAGAAAACUGAGUUCAGUAAAGGAGGACAUUGAGGAAACAAAACGUAAAGGAAUGGCAGAAGUUUCCAGCAUAGAAGAACAGCUUCAAUCAAAGCAUGAAGCGGUUGAACGCCUCCUCAAAGGAAACAUCGACUAUGAGCAGAAGAUAGAGGACUGCAAGAUGAAGAUCUGUCAGAGUGAAAAAACGUUGAAGCAGAUCAACAAAGAGACGAAAGACGUCCUCCUGGACAUCAGCGACACCGAGGAGCAGCAAAAAACGUCUGCAAAGCAACUGAUGCAAGUUGCAGCUCAACACCGGAACAGCCAAAACGAGCUGAAAGAAAAGAAGCAGCUCAGUCUAUCGCAGGAACGAAGGGCCAAGGCAGAAAUCGAUGAUUUAAAUCGAGAGCUGUCCGAUCUGAUGACUGUGGAGGAAUCUUAUAAGGUUGAGCUCGAGAACGUCAAUACCGAAAUGAAGGAAAAGCAAAUAAGUUCGGACCAAAUCAAUCAAGAUCUUCAAAAAGAGUUUGAGGAUGCAGCCUUGAAAGUUAAAGAUCUGGAAGCAAAUGUCAAGGAAAUCCAGCAAAUGACAGAAAAGUUGGAGGAAAUUCAGUCUGAUCAUAAGAAGAUGCUGGUCGAACUGAAGCAGGAGAAACAACUCAAAUGUGACCAGCUGAACGCUGCUCUGGAUUUAUUUGAAUCCACCACAAAGAGAUGUGAUAUCAUUUUGGGAAGGAUCACCGACCUCAUGAAUGAAUGUGAGGAUUGUCACAACGCCGCAGAUCAAAUGGACAAAAACGUCGAGCACAUGCAGGAAGAAAUUGCAGGACUGCAGAUGGAUCUUAGCGUGGUGGAGUUCAAACACAAAUCAGCUGCUCACAUUAUGAGAAUCCUGAGGUCUGAUGUCAAAGCGUGCAAAGAACGAACUCAGCGAUCUGUGCAGACACACACGACUCUGGUUAUAGCAAGAAGAAAGCAAAUGCAAGACACUAAAGAAGCUCUAAAAGCUGCACUGGUAGAGAACCAGCUGUUUUCAGAUAAAUACAAACGACUUCAGAAGACCCUCAUGGAGGCCAGACGGGAGGCAGUUUCUGCCCUGAGUGAACAGAACCGUUCACAUCAGGCGUUUCACUAUUACACUCAGCUCUCUAUGAUGCAGAAGAGGAUGCACAAAGCUUUUGAGAAAUACUUAAAACAACGCAGCCUCCACAGCCAGGCUGAACUGGACCGGUGCCAGGCUCUUUCCGAAGAGACCUACCAGAAAAUCAAAGCAGCCGAGGAGAAGUUGUCAGAAGAAAUUCGUCUCAUCUCAGAAUUCCUGGAAUCCGUGACGGAUGAUUCUGCCACCACCGACGACGCCGGGUGAAAGCACAAGCCGGCCCAAAUGCCGCUGGAUCCAAUGAGUAAACGCCUUGGGUUUAAACAGCAGUGUAAUUGGACAUUCACCUGUACCAGACAACUUACUUACCCCAGCACGCUUCAGUAUUCACCCCCCCACCCUCCCUCCCCUUUUACUUGCAGCAAAUCCAUAACAAUGAAACAGGUGACUUUCAUGCUGCUGUCAGGACUGAUCUAAUUUUAGCUGGGUGAAUGAUUGCAAUUGGCUUUGCCUCAUCAGAUAAUUAAUCUAUGUCACCAUUAAUUGGGAAAGAGAAUAAUUACAGGCCGUGUUGACAGAAAUUCUACGCUUCUCCAGAUUCCAAGAUCUAAUUACAACUAGUGAAACCCUGUGACCUUAACUAGCACCCAACCUACCUUGGCCAACUUGACCACGUAGAGACCCAUCUGCGUACGGAUCCACGCUUUUUAGACCAGCACUUUGUUCGACCAGUUGAAGCCUCCCCAUCCGUCACUCCCGAGUGUUCAAUUUUCAUUUUGUGGAAGUUCAGCCUUCAGAAGUUUUUCUGGAAGUUUUCAACUCAACUUAUGGAAGUUUUCAAUUCAUCUCCAGCGCACAAUGAGCUAGAGAUGAAUGAUUAAUGAAUAAAUUUAAAUGCUUCAUUUAAAUGCUUCAUUUUGUCCAUGGAUCAUUAGUUAAGUCCUUUGUGGGAAGGACCUGAGAAAGGAGUGAAAAUUAUUGAGAUAUUAGCCUGGAGCAAUCCAGGGGUAAAUAGUGUGCACACUAGGAUGUUGUGUGUCUACUAUCCACUGGCUUUCUAAAGAACCCUGGGGAAACUCCCUUUUCAAUUUGGGAUCUUAACUGAAUCACAUUUAGUUCUUGUAGGAAAUUGAUUCUUGUUUUAUGGAGUCUAAACAGUAUCAAACUAAUGCUUCACAAGAAAAGUAUUAAAGAUUUAGAGGAAAAUUCUCCAAAUAUUUCAUUUAAUAAAUACAAUAAAAUGAGUUAUAAUGAAACAAAUUAAUUUUUUUCUUGAAAAUGACUGUUGUGCUUUUUACUUACAUUUUAUGGGGGUGAAUAAUGUUAUUUUCUAUUUUUUGUGUUGAUUAAGAUGCAGUUUUUGUCUCCAAAUCCCUCCCUUAUUAGUGAGAACAGAAGGGGGCAGUAUGAACACAACAACCUUGAAAAAGAUAACUGACUACAAUCUGCUUUUACCACAACAUUAUUUAGGAUUUUUACAAUAUGAAACUUGUCUAUUUUUAGAGUUUUUAGGAGUCUUUUUAGACUUAAAUAGAAGAAAAAAAGGAGCUGUAGAUACUUGUUUGGACUCCCAUGAAGCACCUUGACGAGAAAAAUGUUAGUCCGUCACAUAUUCUUCAUAUUAUUUACUGACUAUAUGGCAAUAUCUCAAGUGAAGGUGCCUCUCCAACACAUUAAUCUGCUUUCUGUGCAUCUAAUCAAUCCUGUGAAUAGAUGAAACUGAGCAACAACUAGAUGUCAUCACAUUUAUCUGCAGGCAUGCCUUAAAGUGCACAAUGUUUGUCAGCUUUCUUCUGUUUUUUAUGCUUUUAUCCGUAAGACGGGGAUCAAACAAUGUUUUAUUUCCUUUCUGUGACUCAUUAAAAUAAGGAAUACAA